GUACAUAAUAUUAUUAUAUUAUACUGUGUGUGUUGUUUUCGCAUCUCAAAACGGAUGUUAAAUCCAAAUAAAAUAUUUUAAUCUUAUCUAUAAUGUUUAUUUGAUCGUACAAUAAUCGGGUUGAUAGAAUAUCAGCAUCAUAUCUUAAUGUAAUGCCUGUCAAUUCACUAAAGCGUAACAGUGAACGGGGGAGAUAAUUUAUUGUAAUUCCUUUCAGUUAGUUUUCAACUAAAUGUUAUUUGGUGCUCAUAAUGGAAGAUUAUAAGUUUCUUUUUAAAGUUGUGUUAGUGGGUAAUGCUGGUGUCGGUAAGACCUGUUUAGUGCGAAGAUUCACACAGGGCUUGUUCCCACCAGGCCAAGGUGCUACAAUUGGUGUUGACUUUAUGAUCAAAACUGUGGAAGUCGACGGAGAGAAAGUGAAGCUACAAAUAUGGGAUACCGCAGGACAGGAGAGAUUUAGAUCUAUAACUCAGAGUUAUUACCGCUCUGCACAUGCAUUGAUAUUGGUGUACGAUAUAUCUUGCCAGCCUACCUUCGACUGCUUGCCAGAUUGGCUCAGAGAAAUAGAAGAAUAUGCUAGUCAUAAGGUUCUUAGAAUAUUAGUUGGUAAUAAAACUGAUAGAGAGGACAGAGAAAUCCCUCGGCAUAUAGGAGAAGAUUUUGCACAAAGACAUGGGAUGUAUUUCUUAGAAACAUCGGCAAAAGAAGCAGAGAAUGUGGAAAGGCUGUUUAUGGAGAUAGCUGUUGAACUAAUGGAGCAAGCAAAAUGCAAGGAGUUGCCCAAAUAUGACGGCAGCCUAGGUCCAAUCAACGGCAAGACGACAUCUGUAGGUGAUGGCUCAUGCUGUCUCCGAUCGUAAACCUAACGAAUUUAUCUCAUUGAUAUUACUAGUGUUGUAAAACUCGUUGUUUUAUAGAGUUAAUUUAUUUUUUGAGUAUCGACGAUGAAUAAUCGAGGAUUUUGUUAUCAUGCUUUACGUGGUUUUUUUGUUUAGGUGUCGGUUUUGUUUAUGGUUUUUUUUUCUCACGUUGAUAUGAAAACUCAAUGCACGCAUAAUUAAUAUUUACGUGUAGGUCUGAAUGAAUAUAACUUAAAAUACAAAAUAUAUGUUAUGAUUGGUUAAACAAACCGCUUAAAACUUAUUUGGUCGUUAAUUUAGUGAUACUGCUGUUACUUUUAUAUUAUUAAAAGUAGUAUAUAUAGGCAAAGGCUAAAUAAAGCGAUUCCUAAUUUAACCGAUUUUGUGCAGUUCGUCUUUAUUCUUCAUGAUGUAAAAGUAAAAACUAUAGAGCAAGGGAUUAAAAUAAUUAGGAAGACUAAUACUAUAGGGAUGUAAAAGGAGAGUCACUGAGCUAUUAUAUAGUGAUGUUUGUCGCUGUUAAAAUAUUAUUAAAUAAAUGGUGGUUUUACUAAGAUAAAUGAAAGUUAUAAAUUAAAAUCGUAUUAAUUCAGUCUUACACAUUUAUAGAAAAGUUUUUAAUUAUUUUUCCUUAAUCACAAAACAUGAAAUAAAUUAUCUCUAUAAAAACACUCUAAACUUAAUAUUUUAAUGUAGAGCUGAAAUCAUUCCAUUGCUUUUAAGAAUACACUUUGUCACAAUUUCAUGUUUAAUUUUUACAAUACAAUUUUUUCCGGAAAUGUUAUGGAUACUUAACAUAGGAAAAAACUAUAAUUUUUUUUUUAUAUUUAAUGCAAAUAAGUCUAGCAAAGAGUAGUUGCCAUAACAGUUAAUAAUUUAACAUAUUUUAUGCCAGUCGUAUUUGAAAUAAUAUAUUGUUCUAAUUGCGCUUUUCAUAAUGACUGUAGCUUUUAAGAAGAUUUGGAGCCUAUUUCAUAAUGCUGCAUUAAUUCGAGUCUCCUAAUCACCUUAAUAUGCAGUGUUUGCUAAGUUAAGUUUCACGGUACCUUCUCAGCCUGAGCCUGCUCAGCAAAACAUAAUAAAACAUUGUAUACAUAUUACUAGAGACACGUGCGAUUGGUAUAGUUGCAAUAAUUAUGGUGGCUGCUCUCAAUAUUUGCCCUUUUUUAACCUACAUUUUACUCAUAAGUGACAUUGACAAAGGUUGUGAGGUUGGAGAUGAAAAUGUAUAGUAUUUUUGGUUAGUGUGUUAGUUAUUUUAUUAGUUUUAUUGUUGUAUUAUAUAAUUAUGUUAUCCUUAUAACUGAACGUUCUAUUCUUUAUUUUUGACAGUACACAGCCUCACUAGAUUGAAUAUAAAUUCACGGUGCUUAUAUAUCACAAUGAGAUUUGCUCUGAAACUGCCAAAAAUUGGGAACGGAAGGUUCAUUUUACAAUAUCACGGUUGUAUUUCAGUUAAAAUGUACACUUACUAACUUAACCUGAUUUUUAGUAUAUUUCAAUGGUCGGAGGAGUAAAGAUAAACGAAUCUUAUAUAUUAUACUUAAUUCUUAUGAUUUGCUUGAAGCUCUGGCAUAUUGUGUAUUUCAAACAAUUUUUGAUUAAUAUUUUCUCGUUUAAACAAUUUAAUAAUUUCCUUCGUAUGUUUCGAUGACAACUUACCCUACAAUCAAGGUAGAAUUUUUAAAGAAUUUGAAUUAUAUCAACAAAUUUAAGUCCUCCUGCCUUUGAAGUUGACUAUAAAAUAAUAAAUAUCUUUAUGCAAUUAAUGCAAAUGCUUCGUUCUUAAUUAUUCGUCAAGUUAUUCGCCAUUUUUUUUUAUAAUCGAACUAUAUUUAAGAUUAACCGGUGACAUAUACAUUGAUUUAUUUAUCGUUAUAUGAAGUCGAGGCAUAUCAUUGUGACAUGAGAUUGUGAUAGAGUUGUCGAGUUAACGGAUUUGCUGUUGCAAUUUAAAUUGUUUUAUUAUUAAUUUUGUUAGUGUAGUAGUCCGUGAAAGGUUAACUAGACAAUGUGUAGGUUUUAAUGUUAAUAAUUAUUAUGUAUUAGACUAAUGCCCGAUCUUGACUAUAAUUUAUUUAUUACUAGCUAAUUCCUGGUAUGUGUUGCAAUGUCUAUUUAAUAUAUAUUUUUUGUAAACAAUUAUCCGAUACUCGCCGUCUGUUGUACUUUGAUGGUACUGUAUCAGAAACGAAAGGUAUGUACAAAGUUUGAACUCGAUCGGAUGAUUGUGUAGAAACACAUACGGGACAAACAAAGGAAUUUUCUUUUUAUAUGUAUAGAUUGUAAAUACCACAAUGAUAAUUAGAUGAAGUUUUAUAUGUAUAUAUUUUAUUAUUGUGAUGUAUUGUCCAUUGAAAGUAUUAAUUUUAUACAUAUAAUAUGAACCUCAACCACAGGUAAAAAAAUAAAACAUCUUAGCUAGUGAUUUGAGUGGUUACACGUAGACUCAAUCUAAGCUAAAAUAUAUUUUAUUUUACAAUUUUGUUGUUGGGUUAACUAAAUAGUUAUGAUCAUCUUUGUGCUAAACUUGCCUCGAAACAUUGAUCAAAAUUAGAUUAAUUACUUUGUCUUCAAUCUGAACGGCCAUUGGUGGAUGGCCAUCGAUGACGCUAUAAGCGACCAAUGAGCAUUCAGUAUUCAGUCUGACUGAAGUAAUGAUGCUUUAGAAAUGACUCGUUAGUCAUUAAGGUUAUUAAUUAUUUUUUAAUUAUCAUAGUAUUGUUUACCAUCCUAUUGAAUUAUUAUCUUAAAAUAGGCAUGUUGUUGUAUUGUAUAUUAAGUAUUACUGUCUAUCUAAUUAUCAUUGUUGUUAGAUGUGUUAAGGCCAGUUCACACAUGUACCCAAGAAGCCUUUUAUGGUGGCUGUGAGAACAUAGAGGAUCGUAGCCAAAAUUAGUGUCGAAUAGAAUAUUCCAUUUUUAUAUUUAAUAAAUAUAUGUAUUUUAAUCUACGCCUUCAGUCUUAAGAUAUUCUUGCCGAUUUUUUUAUAUACUUUCUUAGAACUAUACUAAUUUGGCAGUACUAAAGACGGUUGUUUUUAAAAUCAGACGUAUACUUUAUCCACACAACUGUAAGAUAUAUUAUAUAUAACAUAUUUAUUUAUUGUAACUAAAGAGAUAGGAAAAUUUUUAGUCUAGCCUAAUUAGUGUUGAGAUUGUGUACAAAAGAAACGGCUUCACUGAUUUAUUGUAAUACGCAAUGUACAUAUGUGUACAAUUUUACGAUAAACUCACACUAUGUAUUAAAUUCACAAGCCUUAAUUUUUAGUUAAAAUUUUACGGUGCAGUGUGCAUGUGUAAACAGACCUUUAGAGAUAAUAAUUAUCUUUUUAUGCCCAUUUUUCGUGUACAGUCAUCACAUAUUGUGGAUAUAUUUUUUUUAAAUUUUUAUUAUUUUUUUAUUUUUAUAUGAAAGUUAUAAUGUGUGCCCAUAACAUGUUAAUUUUACUUUAAUGUUAAUUAUUUAUUAAUAUUUAUUGCAAUAUUAGGUGCGUUUUUUGGAUUUCAUGUAAUGUUGCUAUAUUUUUUUAUCAUCACAUUGAUAUUAUGUGCACUUUGGUGUCAGAUUUUUUCGAUUUAUUUUUAAUGUCAUUGUUGUAUAGUGAUAAUCGUGCAAUGAAUCGUCUCGAUGAAUAUCGAAGGGUUGCUAAUAAUCUAUUAGAUUUUUGUAGCCUUUUCUCAUGUGUUAUUUUUAUUAAGCCUUUGUAACUGUCAAAAUGUGAACGCGAUUUUAAAAAUAAAGAGGUAUUUGGUAUCAAUUAAUUAACAGUGUAGUUUAUAUGAAAUAUUAGAUGUAAUAAGGGGACAACAAGAGUUGACAGGAAGGCUUGGAACAUCAGUGAAACAUUGGUUUUGAUGAAUUUUUUUAUAAAUACUUACCAAAUUACGAUACUUCAAUAAAAUAGUUUAUUGACUAUCUCUGGGUACUUAAAGCAGUCAUUGCAAGUAGUAGUAUAUUUUUUUAUAUUCGACCCAACUGAGAUCUAUUAUUAUGGAAACAUUUAUUGCAUUAACAACAUACCACUACAGUGUGUAGAGGACUUCUAUUGAUAUUUGUACAUAUAUGGGAUAUAACGAAAAUGGUUUAUCUUUUUUAAUAGUUUUCCCAUCUAAUUUUUAGCUACACAUUAUCCUACAAAUUUUUAGUUUAAAAAUCGUUAUGUUCCUGAGAACUCAUUAGCCAGGUUAUUUAGUAAGAAGAUGUUCCCUUUGAAUGUAUAUAUUAGCUUUAAUUUCAUUUAAAAUAAUGAACUAUAAAUACAUAUAUCAGCAGUCUUACUAAUAAAGGAUAUAUAGCGGGUGAAUAGUUACACAGUAGUUUAUAUCUUUUUAACGACCAUUAUUUGAUCUUUGAAAAAAGAAUACAAAUUACUUUCUAUGCAACCACUAUAAAACCUUUUUUCUAGUAAGAUCUCAUUUUUAAUUCAACAUUUUUGACAGUUACCAUAGCUCGAUAGACCAGUGAGUUGUUAAUGCUAAAUAAUUAUUAUUACUUAAUCAAAUGUUCAAUUCAAAUUGGAUCUGAAAUAGCUACUUAAUAUCUUCGUGUCAUCGAUCAUAGAAAUUAAUAUAUCACCAAAGAACUAAAUUAUUGUAAUGCAAUAAAUCAAAUGAUCACUUUUGAUAUGAUUUUGUUUUAUUAUAAUAUGCUCGUAGCUGUAAUUUU